CCUCCUCGCUCCCGGCCCGGGCCGACGCGGCUCCGCCUCCGGUGAGAGGUCAGAGGGAGGGAGCCGGCAGCACCGUGAUGGCGGACGGGAAGCCGCAGGGCAGCUCGAAGGGGAGGCCCGGCCGGCGGCGCGCAGGAAAUAAACGGUCAGCUGCUCCAAAAAAUGAAGAUGCUGCUCAGAGGAAAGCAGCGCUGGAGGCUUCUACUAGAAAAAAGAUUGAACUUGAGAAAAAGGCACUGCAUAUUGUUGAGCAACUCCUAGAAGAGAACAUUACUGAAGAGUUCCUUCUGAAUUCUGGAAAAUGUAUUACUCCAUCUCACUAUAAAGACAUUGUUGAUGAACGGUCUAUCAUCAAACUAUGUGGUUACCCUGUAUGUCGAAAUAAACUGGAAAAUGUGCCAAAACAGAAGUACAGGAUUUCAACAAAAACUAACAGAGUUUAUGACAUUACUGAAAGAAAGUGCUUUUGCAGCAACUUUUGCUAUAAAGCAUCUAAAUAUUUUGAAGCUCAAAUUUCGAAGAGUCCAGUAUGGAUGCGAGAAGAAGAAAUACCAUCAGACAUAGAGCUGCUGAAGAGGGGACAGAGUGGUCAAUCUGGAGAAGAGGUGAAACUAUGUGAUGAAGUAAUCAAAUCUUCUGACAUUGAAAAUCCUAGGGUAUCUUCAAAUCCAUGUGAAUCUGCUUCUUAUGGCACAGCCAGUGAUAGCAGUAGUGAUACCGAACAGGAAUUUGUUUCUUCUGUUCUACCAGGAAGUCAGUCAAGUUCAGUCAAUCUUGCACAGCAACUGCACAGAAACAGCAUCCUCAAAAAGAAGCACGUUCAGAAAGUUUAUUCCAGCUCUAAAUCUGAAGGCUCAGAUGUGGUAGAAAUCACUGAACGACUCUCUAACUGUAAAUUAAAUGCUCAGGAAGAAAUGCAUGCUUGCACUGUUCAAGAGAAAAUAACUGCAAUGCCCUCAAAAAAUACUACUCUAGGAAAAUCAAAUGCUUCUGAGAACUGUGAAGAUACCUGUAGCAAUUCACAGAUAGUCUUCCUAGGUGUGAGUAAAAAAGGAGCAGAAUACCUUAAAACACUAGCUAACUCAAAACAACAUGAGAAAAUUGAACUGAGGGAUUCAGUUUCUUCCUCAGCUGCCAAAUGCAGUUUAUUAGAACUGCUUAAGCAAACACUUACAGAAUGGAGAACUGAGGAAACCUUAAGAUUUUUGUAUGGUCCAAACUACACUUUAUGGUCAUCAGAAUGCCUAUCGUCUGCCAACCAAGAAGAUGAAGAACUCGAUGAGGAUGACUUAGAUACACCUGAAGAUCUUGACAGCGCUGCUGUAGGGAAGUUUGAAAACAGUCUGAACUAUUCCUUACCUUUUAUGGGCUCAGGUGAAACAGUUAAGCCUGUGCCUAGUUAUGAAGAGUUAAAAGAAGAAACAGAGUUCCUACAACUCCGAGUAAGAGAGUUCUAUAAAGGAAAGUACAUCUUGGCUGAAGAGGAGUUAGCACAUACACAAGCAGAUGAACAUUCAAGUACAGACAAAAAUGAUCAACAGGAAGACCUCAUGUUCCCACUUGUUGAUUCAAAUGCACAAAUGCAAAUUAGGAAGCGAAUUGUCCUCGAGAAACUGAGAAGAGCAUUACCUGCAGUUUUGGGCCCUCUUCAGAUUAUGCUGGGGGAUGUUUACACAGAGCUAAAAAAUCUUGUCAAAACUUUCCGGUUAACAAACACAAAUAUUAUUCACAAAAUGCCUGAAUGGACUCUAAUUGCUAUUGUUCUAUUAUCUGUGUUGUCACAAAAUAUUCCAGUUUUUAAAGAUACUCAGAGAAGCCCAGCAUACACACAGUUCCUGACCACGUUACUUGAAGAGCUCCAUUUCAAAAAUGAAGAUUUGGAAAGUUUAACAAGAAUAUUUAGAGCAAACAGCCCACCUGAAUGGUCAGUUAAUUUUAAGCUAUUCUGCAUUUCAUAAAACUAAUCCAGUUAACAAUUUUUAUUUCCAACAUUUUGUAGGUAUGCAUAAUAACUAUAGAUUGUAUCGGCCAGAGCAGAAAGCGUGUAAAGUACAUUUUAAAGUAAAAAAGAUGUAUGUUGCGUGGAAAUGAGUGUCAUGAUUUUGUCAUUGACAGUAAAUGCUGACUGCUUAUCACUUUAAUCUUUUGAGAACAUACGGUUGGUUUACUGCAAUUUUGGGAGGAAUUUUUUUCAAGUUCUUUUGGGAUUUAUUAAAAAAAAUAAUAAUCUGAGUGAUUAUAGUGACUGUCUUAGCAGUGGGGUUUUUGUGUAUGUUAUAUCUAGUCUAGGUAAUAUGAAAUUAAACUAAAAGCAUUAAAGCUGAGACUGCAUUUUGCAUUCUAGUUAGGCAGAAAUAAAGAAGAGUAAAUAUCUUACAUCUACUGAUUAAACUCAAAUGAUUUAACCAGUCUAGCAUUAUAAUAUUUAAGAAAUUUGUGUAUUGACAAUUACUCAUUUCAGACUUUGUUCCCCACAGAAAUCGUAACGUCUCUCACUACCUGAAAUGGCUGCAUGGAGAAAAACAAACACCUUCAGUUGUUGGAAUGUCUCUUUUUUAAUGAAAAAUAAAAUGAAGCAUUCAUUGUA